AUGAAUAAUCAACAACAACAACCAACUUCCCAAUAUCCAUCAUUGAAUGGGGCUUCCGAAGAUCUUCAAUAUGUUCCCUAUUAUACGGUUCAUCAACAACAACCAAAUUCCACAACUCCAUCAACAGCUAAUCAAACUACUACAAAUAACCUCCCAACCAUGUAUCCAUGGAGUGGUAUGAAUCCAAUUCCAUUCAAUUACGUUCCUCCUUCAUCAUCAAUUCCAUCUUCAAUUGUACAUAAUGAUGUUGAAUUACAAGAAGUUCCAAUGAACCAAAAUUUAAUUCCAUCAUCCACUACUACUACCAAUAAUCAAGAUACUACCAUUCCAUUGCCACAAAGAGAACAAGCUCCUCGUAGAUCAUGGCUCUGGAAGUGGAGAAAUUGUAAACAUGCCCAACAAAAAAGAUUUUUGAAAUCGUUAAAGGGUAAGACUUGGACAAGAAUUCCAAGAGCUGUUGGGGUAUUCUCACUCUUAUUUAUUUUCCUCUCCAUUGCAUUCUUCUUAACUAUUGGUAAGAGUGCUGACAAUCAUUUAAAUUAUAGAAAGAGCGUUUGCCAGGUCAAUACUGACCAAGAUAACUCUGUUGUACACUUUGACUAUGAUCGUGGAGUGUACUAUCUCGAAUUGAAUGUUUCAGUUGCACACAGAAACUUGGGUCCUGGUGGUCCAGGUCAUGAUGAAUUCCAUCCUGGUCAUCAUUCAAUUGCUAAUCAUGCCAGACACACUAGAGAAAUUAGACAUGUAAUGAGAUCAAGACCAGACUCUUACACUAAACCACCAAAGAUUGCCAAGAAAUCCUUCAUCAUGUCAAGAGUUUGUUCAUAUCCAUUACAACAACAAACUUUAGAUUGCAGAGAUCGUGUUAUUAAACUUGGUGAAAUUUCUUGCUAUAUUGAUGAAGACAGAAUGAGAAUGAUGGAAGUUAUGGACAUGUUCUUUGAUAUGGAAAAGCCAGGAAAGGGUCAUGGAGGAUACUCCAAACAUCAACCACCACAAUCUGGUCGUGGUGAAAAGAGAAUCCUAGAAAGCUCAAAGCCACAAGCACCACCAUCUAAUGAUAAUCAGCAAGCACCACCACAAUCUGGUCAACCAAACGAUCAAGCUAAACCUGACUCUGGUAAACAAGGACAACAACCAUCCUCAUCAAUUGCUCCUGCUGACAAUAGACAACCACAAAAGGAUCGUCGUGGAGAUGAGAACCAUGAAGAUGUUAUUGCCACUCGUGAAACUGUUGCUCGUAGAUUCCGUCGUAGUCUUCGUUGUGCUAUUCCAGGUUUCUUGAUUCUUUCAGUAGUUAUUACUGUAAUCUUUGUAAUUAUUGGUUUUAAGGUUUUGGAUGGUAAGAGUAGACGUUCUUGUGAUAGAUUCAUUAGACAAUACUUUGCCAAUCCAUUUGAAGGUACUGGAGAAGUUUACAAACUCGAUGAAGUUUCCUCUUCAGCUGUUAUUAUUCAAGAUCCAAAAGAACCAAAGUCUAGAACUCUUCUCUCUUCUUCCACUUUACAGAUGGAAAAUACUCCACGUCAAGAAAGAGUAUUGCAAAAGAGAUUGUCCAAGUUCUGGAAACUUAUGAGAUCAACUGCUACCAAGGCAACUGAAACUCUCUUAUUGUAUGAAAAGCCAGCCAAGAAGAAUAUUUCAUGUCACGGUAAGAAACAUGGUGCUUGUAAUGGUAAGAGAAAGUUUGGACGUAUCUUGUGUGUCAUUGCCAAGGUUGCCCUUAUUUUAUUCGUUAUUGGUUUGAUUGCCUAUGGUACUCUCCAUGCUGGUAUCUCUAUUUUCAAACUCAAGAUUUUCAGUGGAUUCUUGCAUUUGUACUUUACUUUGGGUGUUAUUGCCCUCAUUACUUGGUUUGCUCUCUUCAAGAGAAGAAGUGUUCACUAUUUGAUCACCUCUGAACGUAUUGUUAGAGUUAUUGAAUUGCCACUUCGUUUGAGAAUGAACUUGGUCAGUGUCAAUUAUGAAAAGAUUAAGAGUGUUUGGGCUGAAGACAAUAGAAUUUACUUGAAGACUGUCAAUUCUAAGGGUAUGGAAAGAUCUGGUUUAAUUUUCGAACACGUUAUUGAUCCAGCCUUUGUCGUUAAUAUGAUUCAACAACGUAUUGGUGCUGCCACUAAUCAAACAACAAACGAACAAUCUCAACAAACAGAAGCUACCACCACAACAACUGAAACUCACUAAUUGUUAUCGAACUCCAAAUAACUUGUUAUCGUUUUUGUGAGGAUCAUGAAAUAAUAAAACAAAACUAUUUUUGAC